AGAGAUUAUGUAUAUACUGUGCUUGCUACCAGCACCAGCCCUGGGGAAGCAGUAAGGAGAACAACAGAGGGCCUGUGGCAGACAUUCAUUUUUGUCCCCCAGCUCUGCGGGCCAGCUUCCCUGAGGACCUUCCCUGCAGGUGGGCUGAGGGAUGGAAACUCCACAUCACCUCUGGAAACUCUGGGUCUCUCCCUCCCUCGCCUGUGGUGUCUUCUCCUGGCUGCCAGUUCAGGAGCAGGAGGGGGCUGCGGAUGGGGGGCCCGGUGUGGGGGCCCCAGUCUAGGCCGGCAGCCCAGCCUGGCAGCCUCUCUCAGUGCUGGACGACCAUUUCCUCUCUCUGCCCCGGAGUCCACUCGGGUUUCUCUGGAGCUGAUUUCGGCGGCAGCGGGAAGCAGGGGAGACCACGUCUUCAUCUUCGAGAGGCUGCUAUCCCCAGGGCUGGGCUCAGGGCAGGAGCUCAGAGGCCCUGCUGGACCUUUGGGCUCUGCCUUGCCGUCUCGAGCCUGUGGUGAACCUCUCGGGAUUCGGGUCUUAGUCCUGAAAGGUGGCCAUGGCGGCGCCCCGGCUGCGCAUGCUGCCGCUGCUGCUCCUGCUGGGCGCGUCGUGGGCGCGGGCGGGCGCGCCGCGCUGCACCUACACUUUCGUGCUGCCCGCGCAGAAGUUCACGGGCGCCGUGUGCUGGAGCGCGGCCGCACGGCCCGCGCCCGAGGCCGUCAACGCCAGUGAGGUGGCGGCGCUGCGCAUGCGCAUAGGCCGCCACGAGGAGCUGCUGCGCGAACUGCAGCGGCUGGCGGCGGCGGACGGCGCCGUGGCCGGCGAGGUGCGCGCGCUGCGCAAAGAGAGCCGCGGUCUGAGCGCGCGCCUGGGCCAGUUGCGCGCGCAGCUGCACCAUGAAGCUGGGCCGAGUCCGGGGGCGGAGCCAAGUCCUGGGGUGGAGCCAAAAUUGGAGGCGGAUCUAGGGGCGGAGCCUGCCGCCGCGCUAGCUCUGCUUGGGGAGCGCGUGCUGAACGCAUCCGCCGAGGCGCAGCGCGCCGCCGCCCGCUUCCACCAGCUGGACGAGAAGUUCCGGGAGCUGGCGCGGCUUGUCAGCCAGCAGAGCGGCCUCAUCGCCCGCCUGGAGCGCCUGUGUCCCGGGGGCGCGGGCGAGCAGCAGCAGGUCCCGCCCCCGCCCCUGGUGCCUGUGGUUCCCUUGAGUCUGGUGGGCGGCACCAGUAACACCAGCAGGAGCCUGGCCCCAGCCCCAGAGUCCCUGAGAGAACAGACGCUGAAACAGCAGGGGCCCCUGGCCUCCCCCUCACCCGCUGGGCUCCCUGCCAGCCCCACCAAGCCAGCAGGCCCGUGGCAGGACUGUGCCGAGGCUCACCAGGCAGGCCACAGGCAGAGUGGAGUGUAUGAGCUGCGCCUUGGCCGGCAUGUGGUACCUGCAUGGUGUGAGCAGCAGCUGGAGGGGGGUGGCUGGACUGUGAUCCAGCGGCGGCAGGAUGGCUCAGUCAACUUCUUCACCACCUGGCAGCAGUACAAGGUGGGCUUUGGGCAGCCGGACGGGGAGUACUGGCUGGGCCUUGAACCUGUGUACCAGCUGACCAGCCGCAGGGACCAUGAGCUGCUGGUGCUGCUGGAGGACUGGGGGGGCCGCGGGGCCCGCGCCCACUACGACAGCUUCUCCCUGGAGCCUGAGAGCGACCACUACCGCCUGCGGCUCGGUCAAUACCACGGGGACGCUGGGGAUUCUCUUUCCUGGCACAACGACAAGCCUUUCAGCACAGUGGAUAGGGACCGAGACUCCUAUUCUGGACACUGUGCCCUGUACCAGCGUGGAGGGUGGUGGUACCACGCCUGUGCCCAUUCCAACCUCAAUGGUGUCUGGCACCGUGGUGGCCACUACCGAAGCCGCUACCAGGAUGGCGUCUACUGGGCUGAGUUCCGAGGUGGGGCGUACUCGCUUAAGAAGGCUGCCAUGCUCAUCCGGCCCGCCAGGCUGUGACUCUGUCCCUCCAUCCCCACGGUGCAGGGUGACCCGGCCACACCUCCCUUGCGGCUCAGUGCUGAGCCCGUCCCAGACUUUCCCAUGGUGGUGGAUCCGGUCCCCGGGGCCCCCACAAUGGGGCCCAGAAACGCCUCUGCUAAGAUCUCAGGCCUGGACGGCUCCCGAGGGCGUUUAUAUGUAAGGUUGCGCUUGGAUUUGCUAACAGAGUACCGCAGCCCGGCAUGCUCACUCCCGGGGCCCGGCCUCCUCCUCCUCCUCCUCCUCCUCCUCCUCCUCCUCCUCUUCCUUCAGGUCCUCCAGGAUGAGGUUGUCCAGGUCCUCUAGCAGCCCAGCCUGGCUCAGGCAGGUGGCCACGGUAGAGCCGCUGCUGAUGUGGGGGUUGCUGGGGUGCAGGACCUUGGGCAGGUGGUUCUGCUUGCGGCUCUUGGGGUGAGCGCAGGAAGUCCCGGGCACGUGGGGCUCUGUGGGCAGAAAAGGGGCUGAGGUCGCCACCGAGGUCUGGGAGAUGCUGGGAGGGGGUGGGUCACAGGAAAUGGGGCGGGAGCUGCGGGAGCUCAGACCCUGAGACCGCAGGAGACUGGGUGGGGUCACAGGGCCGCAGCAUACACCAGGAGCUGGAGCCUGAAAGGCCCUGGGGACCCUGUGUAUCCCAUGGGGCCCAGUGGGGUGGGGACCAAGUACCUAUGGGCACUGAAGCUUCUGUAUUUUAAAAAAUUUUUUCUUGUUUU